AUGUCUCAUAAGUUGUACAAUUUGUUCAACGCAUUUUCUCGAGUGCUGGCUUUAAAUGUGCUCUGGCUUGUAUUCAUCUCAGAGCUAUGCCAUGGGAAUUCACUGAGCCAGAAUCAUUCCUACACACUUGCCUCAGAUUACCAGACAGACGACGUAGGAAGUAUAAGAGCUGAUGUUUCCUUGGCAAUAGCCACCACAAUCCUUCGUCCCGGGCCAACGCUUCCAGUCUGGCUUGACUACCACCUCCGCUGGGUGCAGCAUGUAGUGAUUUAUAUGGACGAUCCAGAUGAGCGGCCGUUGUUUGAGCAGCUUUGUGGGGAUAAACCCGUCACACUUUUCGAUGGAUCACAAGUCGAGUCUAAUAUGACGCCAGAAAGCCGCCUCAUUAAGCGCCAGAUGGCCAAUAUGAGGCAUGCAAUCGCUUAUCUGAUGGAACGUGGCUAUACAUGGCUCAUUCAUAUUGACCUGGAUGAGCUGCUCUUUGGGACUUUAGUCGAGUCGCGCUCCUGGGCGAGAGACAAUGAUGUGGGCCUCGUGACCUUCACCAAUCACGAGGCGCUCCCAGUCGACUUCGAGACCUCCGAUCCCUUCAAAGACUGCGUGUAUUUUUGGGUGAACGGGGUGGAUCGUAACGCCAACUUUAUCGCCUAUGGCAACGGCAAGAGCGCAGUCCGCCUCGGACCGGGUGUUGAACCAAGAGGACCUCACUCUUUCUCCGGCUACGCUGGCCGUGCCCUCGCACCGUCAGGUGAAGAGGCGAUGAUAUUGCACUAUCCGUACCCUUCGUACAACAGCUGGCUUCGCAAGUUUAACCUCUAUGGCCGUUUUUCUGACCACUGGUUCGCCGAUCGCCAGGCGCCUAGGAUCAUGGACUUUAUGUUGCAAUCGCGAGACGCGGUCCAAAUGGCGCAUAAGACAAAUGACUGGGCCAGUGCCAGAGCGUUUUUCUCAAAACGAAUCCUUGAUACAAAUUCGAGAGAAGAAGCUAUUCGCCAGGGCAAGAUACGUCAAUAUAUGCCGUUUAUGGAAAGUUAA